CCUGACGGGAUUGCUCAUCACAUCUGCAGGCUGAUGCACAGCUCUUCCAUGAGGUUGCUGGAAAAGAUUCAUUUUUCAUCAGAAUAAUAAGCAAAGCUUCCUCUUACCAUGGAUAAACAGUCCACGGUGGUGUUUCGAAAUGUGGGACAAGUUUACUUCCCCCAGAUCAGGGUGGAAUGCCACUACAGUCUGACCUCAGCCCAUCGCUGGAGCAGCAGUGACUGGAUAGGGAUUUUUGAGAUGGGCUGGUCCUCAAUAAAACAGUAUUACACAUACACGUGGGCCCUCGUUCCUGAAGGCUACUCUGAGGGAACCAGUGUCAAUACCUGUGCACUUUUCCAUGCGUCCUACCUGCCCCGACCCAAUGCUGCGGAAUACCAGUUUGUUUAUGUAAAUAAGAUGGGAAAGGUGAGCGCUCGUAGUCGUCCCUUCACCUUCUGUUCUCCUAAACCACUGGAGGAGCUGGAGACUCUGAGAGAGGAGAAAGAUGAGGAGGAUGGAGAAGAGGAGCUGCUGCUGGUCGUCCCCCGGGCUCAGCUGCUGCAGAGUCGGUUGGAGGAGUGCUUAAGAAAGCAGGCCAAUCUACAGCGAGCUUGGGAUGCAGCUGAAAAGGGGCUCGAGAAUGAAAAAGCAAUCAGCAAAACAGCGAGGAUGGACUGGGAGAUGGAGAGAGAGGCGAUGAAAGAGGAGAUCGUUGAACUCAGGGACAACCUGAGACACGGCCGUGAGAUGCUGAAGAAGAUGGAGGAAAAACACAAGGAUGUGAAAUACGGUCAGGAAGGUCUGGCUUCUGAACUGAAGAACCUCGUGGCUGAGAAGGAAGAGAAUCAGCAGCAAAUCACAGAUCUGGAGGGUAAAAUCAAAAUCCUGGCUGAGAAGGAGAUGGCAGCAAACACUGAACUGGAAAGGGUGAAAGAACGAGCAAAGAAAACGUCCAAUCAAAUGAGACAUGACGAGGAAAAGAAAAGGUCUCUGCAGGCAGAGGUCGACGCCUCGGCUGCAGACGUGGGAGUCCUGCAGGAGCGCCUGGAGGCCGGCGACCAUGUGGCCGAGUCUCUGCGGAGAGAGCUGAGGGAGAUGGGGAGCCGUCAGAACCAGACUCACAACGAGCUGCACCAAGCCCGGCUGCAGGUGGCCCAGCUCACCGUGCAGCUGUCCGAGGAGGACCUGGUCCUCCGGGAGGAACGGGCCAACUCUGCUCUGGAGAGAGACGCCUACAAACAUGCAGCAGAGAUCGAUAAGAAGAAACUCCAAGAACUGAGCUGUGAGCUGCAGAAGAAGGAGGAGUGGCUCCAGGAGGAGAGGGUGGAAAGGGACAACCUGGAAGCAGAGCUUGGAAGACAGAAAGUGCUGCUGAUUGAUGCCGAGCAAGAACUGCAGGAGCUGAGGGCCAGUCUGAAAAAAGUCCAGAAGGAUCGAGAGGAGGAACAAGUGGAAAAACAGGACCUGGUGAGCUACGUUCGUCACUUAGAGCAGAGAAUGGGGAUUGAGCCAGAAACUAAAUGGAGCAGCUUAGUUCCCUCAUGUACCUCUCCUGACUCUUCAUCUGUGAGGGACGAGGAUGCUUCAUCCGCUUCAUCUGACAGAGUCCAAACCCCGACUGAGAGUCCGAGGGAAGGGGACGAGCCACCCACAGACACGCAGAUAUUGCAACUCCUUCUGUUAAAUCAGGACGAGAGGAGGCACCGCAGUGAAACCCGAGAUGAUGGCAGGAGGCAACUGAACCUGCCCGAACUCGUCAACCCCAUUCUGAGUGAGCUGGCUGACUCCCCCAUGUGGUGACACGAGGACGGAGGAUGGGUGGCAGGUUACUUGUGCACCACUAAAAUGUUAAAUCAUGUGGAUUAUUAGAGAACUAGGAGUAUUUGGUGAACAUUGUGUUAUUUAGUUUAUAAAUGUUCUUCAUACACGCCACCUUUGGAGCUUUUACAGCUAAAUAGCUAAAGUGUAAGUGCCAAUGACACAGGUUUUUCUACUUUUGGAUGUAGACGUCAGCUAUCUCAGGAGGAUAGCUUCUUUUUUUCCAAUAGCACUUGUAAUUCCUUGAUUUUGAGCUUUUAAUUCAACUGUGAUGCAGAAAAGUUGCAACUCUACGUGAUGCAACUGGUGGCUUGAAUUGAUUACGCUGCGUUUGCUCUGGUGCCGUUUUAUUCUCUGAGCUCUGCAUGUGAGUGCGACUCCUGAGGCCGUGUCAAAUGUGGGGGUGUUUGUCACGGUCAAGUGUGAAAUGGCCUGUUUCAGCUCUCUGAGCUCAAGGUCAGGUUUGUGGAACAUGGAGGUUUGCUU